CUGAAUCAUUGCCGGUUUCUUUCAAGGAACUUUUCAAGUAUGUGACGUCAUUGAAUGUGACUUUUUAUUUAUAAAAUUUUCCCAGUUUCCUGAUCUUUGAACUUGUCAUACAGUUUUUGCAUUUCUAGAAGAAUACUAACAACGACAAAUCAUUAAAAAUGAGUCUACAGUGGACGUUAAUUGCAUCAUUUCUUUAUGUGGAAAUAUUCAUUGUUUUAUUAUUGGUUUUACCAGUAGCUUCACCAAGAAGAUGGCAAAAACUUUUUCGAUCACGAUUUCUUCAAAGUUUAAGCAAUCAAGCGUCAAUGUAUUUUCUUGUAUUGCUUGCAAUUUUAGUACUAUUUCUUUUGGAUGCCAUUCGAGAAAUGAGAAAAUAUUCUAAUAUCGAAGGCGGAGAACAUGCCCACGCUCAUUUGGAUGCAGAAAUGCAAGGCAAUAUGAGAUUAUUCCGAGCGCAAAGAAAUUUCUAUAUAUCAGGAUUUGCAUUAUUCUUGAGUUUAGUGAUUCGACGUUUGGUGUUAUUGAUUUCAACUCAGGCAUCAUUAUUGGCACAAAGUGAAGCUGCAAUGAGACAAGCGGAAUCAGCGACAACAACAGCAAGAACACUUUUAUCACAAAAAACAACUGGUGAGAGUGCACAAAAUGAAUCGAAUGAAGCAUACGAUAAAGCAGUGUCCGAAUUAAAGACACAAAUCAAAGAACUUCAAUUAAAGAAUACUGAUAUUGAAAAUGAAUUAACUAAGGAGAAAAAAGAUAAAUUGGCAAUUAAAUCGCAAGCCGAUUCACUUGCUAAAGAAUAUGAUCGUUUAAAUGAAGAACAUUCAAAGUUACUUCAAACUGGUAGCGACAAAAAGAGCGAUUAAUUCACGUUCGUCCUUUUUCAUUUUAAUUUAAAAACAUUUUCUUACAUUUUUUUUUUUUUGUUACUUUUUAAUUUAAUUUUUCUUUCAUCCGUUUUUGCGUUGAUACCAUUUAAGAAUAUCGUAAUAUAUAAGAAAAACUUCUACAUAACGUAUUUAUUAUCAGUUUAUUGUGUUUGCUUAAACUAUAUGUCAAAUCAUAAAUUUUGACAAAAAAAAUAGAUUUUUCCAAUUUUCUAUACAUUUUAAGAGCCUCAAGAACUUAGUGUUACUUAUAACGUGGGAAAAAGAAUCAAACUAUUCAAUACCAACAAUAAAAAGAAAAUAUACUUUUGGAAAUUUUCAUUUAAAAAAACAAAAUAUUUGGCAAAUUUUAUCAAAAGCAAUUUUUUUACUGUAAAAAAUAGUACAAUAAAAAAGAUCUUUUAAAAAACGUUUUGGAAAAGGAAAAAUUUUUAAUUUAAAUAUUGUGCCUGCAAAAAAAAAAAAAAAAUAAUUGGAAUUAAAUUCUAUUUCAAAAAUUUUUUAAUUUAUGUAAUCACAUAAAAUUUCCAGUUAAAUUAACACGUGCCUGUGAUUCCUGUAACAUAAAAAAUAACUUGUAAUCAUUUGAAUUAAAAACAAAUAUAAUUUUUAAAACAAUA